UGUUUAUCCUGAUUUAAACAAUGUAUUUCAGGAUGCUGUGGACGUCCCGAUGUUCGCUGAUCCUGUUGCUCACAACGCUGGCGUCGUGCAUGGACACAACGGAGGAUGACCUCGCGGAAGACGAGACGACGUCCAACGUGAUUUCCACAAUCGUCUCGACCAUGACGUCGUACACGACGCUAUCCAGCUUGAACAUAGCCGGGGAGACGACGGUGAAUUCGUCAAACGUUGCAAAAAGUCCGGACGAGGAAAAUGAUAAAGACUCGUCCCACGCGUUCUCGCCUUCGCCUGACACCGUUUGGGAGUGUCCAAAUAUUACAAAACCGGGCAUCGAAUGUUCUUGCGAUUUUCCUCACACGUUGAGAUGCACCGGCGACAGAACAACGCUGCAGAUUAUCAGAAAUCAUCUGAGAUUUAGUCGUCCAGGAACAAUCUCUCUUCUCGAUGUAACCGUGACGGGGAUCUCCGUACUACCAGCGCGUUUCCUCGAAGACGUAGCCCUGCAUGGGCUGGUUAUUUCCAGCGGAGAAUUGAGAAGCGUUCACGAUAAUGCUUUCGCUGGUUUGGCUAGUCCUCUUCAAGCUCUGGGACUUCCGAACAAUCUCUUGGACUCCGUCCCGACGAUUGCUCUGUCGCGCCUCGUUGGGCUGGAGCAGUUGGAUCUGUCUCAGAAUAAACUGCAAACUUUAGAAGCUGAUUCCCUCAAGGGUUUGUCGAACCUGACGUACUUGGACCUGUGCGACAAUUUAUUGUCGCAAUUGUCUCCGCAAGCGUUCGCCGCUUUGCCCGGAUUGCGUUCGUUGAGGAUGCACGGGAAUCUUUUGAGCGUCUCAGCGUUGUCGGCGCUCAGAGGUCUCAAGAGAUUGGAAGAACUGGACCUGUCCAAUAACUUGUUACUAGGCCCGAUGGGCCCGAAUCUUCUUCCUCAAAUGCCACGGCUGCGGAUCCUAACAGUGUCUGAAAACAAGCUGGUAAACAUUCAGCAGGGGGCGCUAGUGGGAUUGAAGAACUUGUCAUAUCUGAGCUUAAGUCACAAUCAGAUCGACGUUCUGGAGGAUCAUUCGUUCAAAUACUUAUCAACACUUACCAGACUUGAUUUAGCGAACAACCGCAUAGUCGCGGUGUCCAGUUCGUCUCUGGCGCAUUUAGACAAAUUAACCACGUUGGAUCUGACGCACAAUUUCUUGCGAUCCCUGACCGCCGAUCUGGUGGUGCCAUUGAAAAGUCUUCAAGAUCUACGACUGGACGACAAUGACAUCACAAUGGUAGCCAACGACGUGCCAACGUCAAAGUUACGUUUAAAGAGGCUCUCCCUGGCCGACAAUCCUCUGAACUGCGACUGUACCCUACUGGAGUUCGCUAAUUGGCUAAGCAAUUCCACUUUGAACGAAGAGGACAAAUCGUCGGCGAUCUGCGCUACACCGCCUGCGUUGGAGAACGGCAUAUUGACACAGGUCUCCCCUGGCAGUCUGCUUUGCGGGGAACCAACACCACCAAUCACGACCAAAGAACCUCUGACCAGUGUUCAACUGACAUUGAAAAACUACCACUACGACAAAUCAACCGGUGUCAGUCUUUUGUGGCAUGUGGAGAUGUGCGCAGAGCAGUACACUUGCGACAGAUUGAUCGUUUACGAAACCGUAAGCGACAGUGAAAUGCGAACGGAGUCCAGUUCCCUGCAUUGCGAUUCCCGCACGAUGGAAGACCCCUGCUCGUUACCAGUGAUCAUACCAGCAUCGGUGGAUUUGAAAUUGGGCCACAAAUAUCGUUACUGCGUGAUACUCCUGAUACCGACCAAUUAUGACGACGUUUCAUUGGGCCUGGGAUGCACCGACGUGAUCACCCUCAAGGAGACUAAACGAGAAUUGCAGCAGGAUCAAGAGACCAUCGCGAUAAAGCCCUCUGAGACCAAAAUAACUGGCGUGCACGCGAACGUAUCCAAUCAGGGCUUCUUGCACGUCGACGUAAGCUUAUCAUCCUUGAAGAAGUCAAGUUUGCUCGAGUGUAAGCUAUCCGUCGUGGUAUUCGACGCUGAAUCCGCAGUGCAUAAGCAGAAACUCAACUGUAGUUUAACAUUCGUAACAUUGGAGGUAAUAUUGCCAGGUCGUUACAAGGUCUGCGCCAGUCUCGACGAAGUCACCGAAGAAGAUGUUAUCUCGAAUUUCGUGAAUAAUCGGGAUAGGCUCCGUUGCGUCGAAGUGCAGGGGUUCAAGCAGAACACAGAGAUAAUCGUCUUGGCGAUUAUUGGAGCAGGUUGUGCCCUUUUAAUCGCGCUGGUGGUACUUGGCCGUAGCGUCGUGAAGAAGGUGAGACAUCCCAGGAUACAGACGCAAUGCUUUCUACCCGCUCAGGAGUUCGAGAUAACUCAUAAAGCACAUUAUAUCAAGUUGCUGGCUACGACGAAAGUCUGA